GGGCAGCAACUGACAUCCAAUAAGAGAGAAAAUCGAGCAAUACGGUGGAGACACGUCUACAAAAGACACAUACCUGCAACCAUUUUAGAAUAUUUAUGGCCAAUCACUUAAACUAAUCUGGUAUGUAUCUUCAAUCCUACUCCAGAAAUCUCAUCUGCAUCUGUAAUUAUUUAUUAAUCCCCAGAAAGAUCACACAAUCUGCAGCAUCAUAUUAAAAUCUAUUGUUAAAUACUUUCUUGAUGACUUGAAAUCUCCCCUUUGAUUCAACUUUUGCAUAUGCAGAAUGCACGUAGAUGAAGCUGCGCAAAAGAUGGCAAUGUGGCACUCAAAGAGCAUGCCACACCAAAAAUGACCAAUGAAUUUCACCAAAUACCAAGACUUAAAAAAUAGCAAAGGUCAUCUUGAUCACAUGCCCAUUACUUUGUCCCAUAAUUUUAAAACUAAUCUUGCUCUUGUCUUAGCAUUUGUCUAUAUAUAACAAAAUGCAACAGAGGUUUGGAUAUCAACACUUCACAUAACUUCAUAUUCUUAACACAGAAACAAACAAUGGCUGCUUCAAUGAGAUGCAACAAACCCCGUGGUGGCAUUCGAUCAAUUAGCUUACCUUGCAGGCCACAUUCGAGUACUUACAAGAUGGAUCAGGAGCUGAACAAGCUUAAAACAUGGGAAGCUGAAGUAUCAACAAAUGCACCAACAGCAGAGACCAUCUGCAACGGCCUAUCUGGAUUAGGCGAGUUGUAUAGAUGCACGGACGAUCUUCUCAAUCUGCCACUGACUCAACAAGCCCUCUCUGCCCUUCAACACGACGACCCAUUCAACGAGUUGCUGGAUGGAUCCAUCAGAUUCCUAGAUAUCUGUGGAAGUGCAAAAGAUAUUAUGUCACAAGUUAAAGUAAACGCUGCAGAUCUUCAUUCAUGUCUACGAAGGAGGCCUAAAGGCGAUCCAAGUAGCUUUACCAAGUACACAUUGUUCAGAAAGAAAAUAAACAAAGAUGCCAAAAGACUAGCCGCAGUUCUUAACCAACUAGAUAACAGAACAAGUGGCUCUCAAUUUGCUGAUUCAGAUCAACACUUAAUUUCAGUUAUUCGAGUACUCAAUGAAGUUACUGCCACCACUAUUUCUGUAUUCAACUACGUACUCGUGUUCUUAGCAACAUCCACAAAGGUGAAAUCCACAAAGUGGUCAUUAGUUUCAAGAUUCAUGCACAAAAACAGAGUUGCAUGUGAAGAUCAUCAACAAAUGAAUGAAAUGGAGAAGGUGGACGCGGAAUUAUCAAGUAUAACAUCGGGUUCAACUAAAGAGUCUGGUUUGCUGAAGCAAAGACUAGAGGCAUUGGAGGCCGGAGUUGAAGGAAUUGAAAACGAACUGGAAUGCAUGUUUAGGCACAUUGUUAGAAUAAGAACUUCUCUGCUUAACAUUGUUUCGCAGUGAUUAGAUGUUUUGACAAAACUAUCCGAAUUUUAGAGGAUUGAUUAGUUUAUAGAUGCUGAUUGAAAUGUAAAGAGAAAGAACUGUAUUAGUUCUUUCCAUGAGUAAAUAUAUACAAACAUUUGAGUU